AUGGAUUAUCGCAACGAGUUGCGCUACCUCACUCAGGCCAGACUUUCAUCUGCGCAACCGGGCCGCCUCCACUUGAGCCUAACCGUAGUUCUGGGGCCCGUGGGCAUCACUCUUUUGGUCGGCCACUUGCUCGGCCUUGCCUUCGGAUGGAAGCUUGGUGUUGCAGUCACUGUCACCGCAAUCCUUUUGGACAUCCUCUUUCUUGAUGCGCCCUGUCGAUUGUGCACGACACGAUUCUUAGCUCCUAGGGGCUCGGUGGGAGCCCUGAGACUGUACACUUGUAGGGAAUUUGUCUUUUUCCUGCCUAGAUAA